AACUGCUAAUUGUUUACAAUAGAUGAAUAGAAAGUUGUUUUUAUUUGAAAAUUUUAAUUGAUUUUAAAGUACCUCCUGUGAUAAUAGCCCCUAUUAAUUAUACACCAAAUAGAUAAAAUGUAGUGAUUACUGAUACCUUUUUAUCUGUAUUUUAAGGAAAUUGUUUUAUUUUUGUUAUUAAAUAUGUAUCGACUGUAAACAAAGGUAUGAGUAAUGUAUUUGCAAGGCAUCUCACAAUGAACACCUUUGACGAAGACCAAUUUGCUUAUAAAAUUCAUUUCUCUAAUAAUUUAGAUUGUGAUAGUGAUAGUGAUAAAAGCGAUUUCGAUGAAUGGUAUUACAAGCACAAACCACCCCCUCUGUAUAUAAACGAUGACUGUGAUGUAGUGAAAAUAGAACCUUUUACUACUGUGUUGUAUAAAAGAAGCAUUUCAAAAGUUUUGCAAGGGGCCAGUGCAAGUUUAAAGAAAAAGAGCAACACCGUAAGCGUAUCUGUUCAUGGCAACCAUGUUCAGUUAACAAAAAAGGCAAAGAAAAAGAAGAAGAAAGUAGGGAAAGCCGUUGUAGGAUCAGCCUCCAAAGUUAAUGGACCAAAAGUGGCUUCUGCAACUCCUAAGGUUAUUGGAAAUCUUCAAAACACUUUCGAUCGACCCAAGUUAAAGGAGUUCACGGGCUAUCAAGAGAGUAACCCUGUUCAACAUCCAAAAAAGAAGUUGGAUCAAAGAAACGAGAGUCUAUCUAAAAACGUCAAACCGUUUUCUUUUUCUUCAAUUGAAUGGCCAGCACUUGGCACACCUUCUUCUACAAGAAGCGAAGCUGAUACCGAGGUUGAUACGUUAAAUUUUUCACCUUUGGCUAAUGCUGUAACAAUCUUGCAAGAUCCGAAAGUUAGGAAAAAAUGUGACAAUACUACACCUAGUCAAACCACACAAAAAAAAAAUAUGAAGAAUAAAUUGAUAUUGGAAACAGUACUUCGAUCUGAUGAUAGUGACUCGCUAAGGAUUACUGCAAAAAGAUUACAAAAUUCGUCGUCGCUCUUCAAUGAUGUCAAAAAUAGUAAACUGAUAACUAAGGCUAAGACUAAAGCACUACAAUCAACAAAAGAAAGUCCACCACUUUUUGAAAAUAGGAAAAAAGCUGGGCCCGGCGAAAAUUUCAAGUUUCAAGCUGAGGACACUAAUAAUAAACCUACUGUCACAAGCAUUUUGGAUAACAUACAUACUAUAAAAAAAACUCGAAAGCGUAGGUCCAAAAGGAAGAAGGGCAGUAUUUCUAAACAAGUUGACAACAACAAAUCCAAUCCAAUAGCAUUUAACUUAUCAUCCUUAAAAUGGCCAUCCCUUAACGAAUUAAUAGAUGAAAACAAUACACAGCAAAAGUCUGCAGGAAAUCAACAAACAAAAAUAGACAAGAAUCAAAAAUUAAGAACUGGUCAUGAAAUAAAAUUGGAACAAAAUGUAACCUGUACGAAACUGGAUGAUUGCCAACUCAAAGGAAUAUUGAAACCACAUGCGGGUAGUGAUUGUCAUGAUGAACUGAAGAAUGGUUUCUGGUUCUUGGACAUUGCAGAAUCUGAUUGCAAGAGUAUCAAGAAACAUUCUGACAACCAGACUCCAAAGAUAACAGAACCUCAAGUACAAAAGCUAAAUCUAUCCAAAUUGGGUGAUAAACAAUCUACUCGAAGGAAGUCGGAAAAUGGAGAACAACCUCAUCAAAUACGUGAAGUGGCAGUUGAAGGUAUUAAACGUUCGAAGAGACGUCGUAGAAAAAAGGGACCAAGCGUUAAUAAUUUGGUUAACACAAGUCCCACCUUGCCACAUGAAGACGACAAAUGGCUAAACGAUACUCUUUGUCAGGAAAUGGGUUACAAAACAGAGGACAGUGCAGUAAUCGAAGUGAAAGGGCAGCACAAGAAAAAAGGGGCGAGUGAGAUUUCUGCUACGAAUUACAAACUCACCACCUUAUUGUCUGAAAUAGAAAAGACUCCUGAUAUUGUUGACAUUAAUAGAGAAAUCACAGUCAACUGUUCGAGACAGGAACAGAACAUUAUCAUCAUUACCAGUUUUCUCGGAAAGAGCCAAGUUUCUAAAUCGAUUAUUCCUUGUUCGUCUUCUAAUAACCGCACACUGCAGAAGAAUAAAACGAGAAAACAUAAAACCCCAACCCAGAAAACCGUUGAAAGUAACAAAUGGAGAGCGGAUCAAGAUUUGCUUUUACUUGAAGACUUCUUACCAACCUUUAAUCGAACGCCUGACAAUAUGGAAGGCAACUCUGUAAUUCCCUUGAAUAGUUUCGUAACGGGCGGGCGAGAUUUUUUUUUAUUAGAUAAACUAUUUCCGCAGAGCUCUUUUUCGAUACAUGCGAAACCACGUUUAGCUAUGUCGAACAUGUUUCUACAUUUUUAUACCGGAUACAAAAAUGAUAUUGAAAUUUUAAUGUGAUAAAUUAUUGUUGUUACCUUACAGCCGUCAAUUAGGCUACAAUAAUAAAUGUGUGAUAAAAAACCACCAUUUUAAUAGAACUAACAUUUUUACUUGUGUUAUUAUAUUCUUAUUUUUUCUAUUACAAUUGUUGGACAAUUUUAUGAUAAUAAAGAAUUUUAUAUA